UUCAAUAAUAGACCUUGAGAAAAAAAACUCAUGAGGGUGGCUGAGGAAAUGGAGAAGUCGAGCUACAAUGGCAAAACACAGAAAGAAAUAACUGCAGUGAAUCCAAAACCCAACAAAGGGUUGGCUUCCAAGCUCAUUGACUGGUUUGAGAAGCUUGUUGUGAAGCUUAUGUAUGAUUCUUCUUCUCAGCCUCUUCAAUUUCUUUCUGGUAACUUUGGCCCUGUUCGCCAUGAAACACCUCCAACGAAGGACCUCCAUGUGCUUGGUUACCUUCCUGAAUGCUUAAAUGGAGAAUUUGUUAGGGUGGGUCCCAAUCCCAAGUUCAAUCCAGUAUCCCAAGUUCAAUCCAGUCUCUGGAUAUCACUGGUAAGAUGCCUUAAAUAUAAAUCGUUGAUGAGUAUAUGUGGAGCCAACAUGACUGUACAUAUGGGACUGUACAUGUUAAGAUAGUGUGAAGAAGAAGAAGCCAAAAACAAUGGCGGGUCUAGAUGUGAAGAACAACAAGCUUAGCUACAACCAAGACCAAUGUGGUAGCAGUGUUGGAGUCGUCUCUGUAAAUCCAAAACCUAACAAUGGCCUCUCCUCGAAGCUCCUCGACUGGUUCGAGAGCCUCGUUGUUAAGCUCGUGCACGGCUCUUCUUCCUCUCAUCCUACUCACCACUUUCUCUCCGGUAAUUAUGCUCCGGUUCCCUGUGAAACUCCUCCGGUCAACGACCUCCCUCUCACCGGCCACAUUCCGGAGUGCUUAAAUGGAGAGUUUGUUCGAGUGGGUCCAAAUCCCAAGUUUGCUCCACUAGCUGGAUUUCACUGGUUUGAUGGAGAUGGAAUGAUUCAUGGUUUGCGCAUUAAGGAUGGAAGAGCAACAUAUGUGUCUCGUUAUGUUAGAACUUCACGUAUUACACAAGAACACUUCUUUGGAGGUCCCAAAUUCAUGAAGAUUGGAGACCUGAAAGGGCUUUUUGGGUUACUCAUGUUGAACAUACAAAUUCUCAGAUCAAAACUCAAAGUGUUAGAUCUUUCAUAUGGAAAUGGAACAGCUAAUACAGCUCUUACAUAUCACCAUGGGAAACUCCUAGCACUGUCAGAGGUAGACAAACCAUAUGUCAUUAAAGUGUUGGAAGAUGGAGAUCUGCAAACUCUUGGCCUGUUGAAUUAUGACAAGAGAUUGACUCAUUCAUUCACAGCACAUCCAAAAGUUGAUCCAUUUACAGGAGAGAUGUUUACAUUUGGGUAUGCACAUACUCCUCCAUACAUCACUUACAGAAUUAUUUCCAAAGAUGGUUUCAUGCAUGAUCCAGUUACUAUAACAGUAUCAGACCCCAUCAUGAUGCAUGACUUUGCCAUUACUGAAAAUUAUGCCAUUUUCAUGGAUCUUCCCAUGUUUUUCAGACCAAAGGAAAUGGUGAAGGAAAACAAGCUGAUAUUCUCAUUUGACACCACCAAAAAUGCUCGAUUUGGUGUGCUUCCACGGUACGCAAAGGAUGAGCUUCUUAUCAAAUGGUUCGAGCUUCCAAAUUGCUUCAUAUUCCAUAAUGCCAAUGCUUGGGAGGAAGAAGAUGAUGAAGUUGUUAUGAUCAGUUGUCGUAUUGAGAACCCUGAUUUGGACAUGUACAGUGGGGGUAUCAAAGAAAAGCUUAACAUAAAUGCUUCUCUAUAUGAGAUGAGAUUCAACAUGAAAGCUGGUCUAGCUUCCCAAAGACAACUUUCAACAUCAGUUGUAGAUUUUCCUAGGGUGAAUGAGAGCUACAUUGGCAGGAAACAAAGAUAUGUGUAUGGAACCAGAUUUAACAACCUUGCAAAAGUGACAGGAAUUGUGAAGUUUGAUCUACAUGCCGAGCCAGAGAGUUCUGGUAAAACAUGCUUAGAGGUUGGUGGAAAUAUUCAAGGCCUGUAUGAUCUUGGACCUAGUAGAUUUGGCUCAGAAGCUAUAUUUGUUCCCAAGGUUCCUGGAGUCAAUUCUGAAGAAGAUGAUGGCUACUUAAUAUUCUUUGUUCAUGAUGAGAAUUCUGGAAAAUCACAGGUUCAUGUGAUUGAUGCAAAGACAAUGUCAGAAGAUCCGAUUGCUGUAAUUGAUUUGCCUUGUAGAGUUCCCUAUGGAUUUCAUGCCUUCUUUGUCACCGAGGAACAACUACAAGAACAAGCAAAACCCUGAACGGUAAAUCUUCAUCUACUCCAAGUUUCGACCAAAGAAUCUAUUAUUUUCACAUUGAUCUAGCAAAAAUAGUAUAUAAUAUUUGUAAGAAUAAUCGGUGAAAAUAACAUCUUUUUAUAGUUAUUUUGCACUAUCGUCUAGUUUUGAUAAUUGUUUGCAAAAUGACUUCUAUCUAAAAUUUUGAUCAGCUAUCUAAAUUUUCGACCAACUUUCUGGAGUGUCGGAAUCAUUUUAUAAAAAGUUAUCAAAAGUAGGUCAAAGUGCAAAAUAACUUCAAAAAAUAGGCAAUUUUGCCAUAAGACCCUAUUUGAAAUGGAAUUAAUUAUCUUGUCCCUUGAGUUACAGC